GCCUGAAACAGCUGACAGCCUGGGUAAGGUGAAUGGAAACCAUUACCCCAGAGAGAGAGACAGGAGCUAGAGCUGUAUUCCUGCAGGUGAUGAAGGAGAAGGAUGAAGCCAUCACCUUCUCAUAGAGGACUGAGGAGGAUGACGAUGCUGGAGAUGAUGUGAAGAUUGUAGGAAUUUGAGCCUGGCUGCAAUUGCUGCUUUUGGGUCCCUGCAUGCUGCAAGAGAUCAUCUUUCCAUGAUAGAUCAGACCCCAAUCGUGGACAUGUGAGUUCCUGUUUGAAGCUUUCAGAGACUUGAAGUUCCAGGAUCGUAGACAGUCACCUAAUUCACCUGAAUUUUCAGAAACCUCCACCCUGAUGUACCUGAAGGAUUUGGCUUGGCCUAAGCAAUUUUACUAAAGCGGCUUGAUCAGCAGAAUGUGUCCUUUGGAAGAUGGAUGGAAAAAUGAGUAAUGGAGUUGAUCCUGGGUUUAGUCAGGGGCCACUAUAUGCGCAACUGGUCUUGGACGUCUUUAAAUCUCUUUAUUAUGGAAGUAGGUACAUUGGACAAGUGCAAUCUUGGGAUUAGCAUGGAGUAAAAUGAGAACUUCCCUACCUUGAUCUGCAGGUAUGGAUGGCUUUCCAAAAGCUGAGACCAUGUUGUGGCAAAACUCUAAAGACCCAAAAGAAAAUGGGAUGUGGCAUGAUACGGAGGAUUAUGGAGGUUCCAACCCUUUGUGGACAGCAGUUUUCGAUUACGAGGCCACGGCAGAAGAAGAACUAACAUUAAGAAGAGGUGACUUGGUGGAGAUCCUCUCCAAGGACUCUACAGUCUCUGGUGAUGAAGGUUGGUGGACUGGAAAAGUUAGAGACAAAGUAGGCAUCUUUCCAAGCAACUAUGUGGUCAGUGACCUUAAAUAUACCACCUGGAAGGCCACCCCGAAAGAUUUCCCUCAUCCACUGCAGAUAAAGUUUGAAGAGCUGGAUUUGGAGGAAAUCAUUGGGGUGGGAGGUUUCGGGAAGGUCUACAGGGGCAUAUGGCGAGGAGAAGAGAUGGCAGUUAAGGCAGUUCGGCAUGACCCAGACGAAGAUAUCAGCGUGACAGCAGAAAAUGUCAGACAGGAAGCCAAACUUUUUUGCAUGUUGCACCAUCCCAACAUUAUAGCCUUGAAAGGAGUAUGUACAACACCUCCGCAUCUUUGCUUGGUCAUGGAAUAUGCAAGAGGUGGACCAUUACAUCGGGCUUUGGCUGGAAAAAAAGUCCCAGCUCACGUACUAGUCAACUGGGCUGUUCAGAUCGCAAGAGGCAUGAAGUAUCUUCACAGUGAUGCCAUUGUACCCAUUAUUCACAGGGACCUAAAGUCCAGCAACAUCUUGAUACUUGAGAAGAUUGAGAACAACGACCUAUAUAACAAAACCUUAAAGAUCACAGACUUUGGUUUGGCCAGGGAGUGGCAGAAGACCACUAAGAUGAGUGCAGCGGGCACCUAUGCUUGGAUGGCUCCGGAAGUCAUUCGUCUCUCGCUAUUUUCCAAGAGCAGCGAUGUGUGGAGUUUUGGGGUUCUUCUGUGGGAGCUGCUUACUGGGGAGGUGCCUUAUCGGGAAAUUGAUGCUCUGGCCGUUGCCUAUGGAGUUGCAAUGAACAAACUGACUCUCCCAAUCCCAUCAACGUGUCCGGAUCCAUUUGUAAGGAUCUUAGAAGCAUGUUGGGACCCAGACCCUCACAGUCGCCCUUCAUUUUGCACCAUCUUGGAGCAACUGACCGCCAUAGAACAGUCAGCCAUGUUCCAGAUGCCUCUUGAAUCCUUCCAUUCCUUGCAGGAAGACUGGAAAAUAGAGAUUCAGCAAAUGUUUGAUGAGCUCAGGAAUAAAGAGAAGGAACUUCGCAGUCGGGAGGAGGAGCUGGUGCGUGCAGCUGAGGAGCAGAGGAACCUGGAGGAGAUGCUCCGAAGAAGAGAACAAGAGCUGGCAGAACGAGAGUUUGACAUUGUAGAACGGGAGCUGAACAUUAUAAUGUACCAGAUGUAUCAGGAGAAACCCAAGGUGAAGAAGCGGAAGGGAAAUUUUAAGAAAAGUCGUCUGAAGCACAAGGAUGGAAAUCGCAUCAGCUUACCCUCAGGUUUUGAACACAAGAUCACUGUACAAGCUUCAACAACUCUGGACAAGUGCAAAGGUCAAGGAUCAAGCAGUUGCAGUCCUCCCGGAAGCCCCCUGAUCAUCCCUAGGCUGCGUGCCAUUCGAUUGACCCCUGUAGACGGCAGUAAAACCUGGGGACGUAGCUCAGUGCUGAAGAAGGAGGAGGAGACCUCAACCAAGAAGAAGGGGAGGACAUGGGGUCCAAGUUCUACGCAACCAAAGGAAAGAGCCGGAGGAGAAGAGAGGCUGAAGGCACUUGGAGAAGGUAGCAAGCAGUGGUCCAACAGUGCCCCUAACCUAGGAAAAUCACCCAAACACGCACCUAUCAGCGCUGGCUUCGCUAGUCUCACAGAAAUGGAGGAAUAUGCAGAGAAUGAAGGCUCCGUUCCCCAGUCCCCGUAUUCCACACAGUCCUACCUCACGUUACCCCUCCAGACCGAUGUCAAGAGUAACACCGAGGACUCCAGCCUAUCUGCCGCGUCAUCUUCAGACAGUCCUAAGCGCACCCCUCAGUCGCGCAGGAAAAGUGAACUGGUGCUGCUAGGAUGUGCGUCCCUCUUAGCGGCCGUGGCAUUGGGUACUGACCUCACCGAACUGGUGCCCCAGGAAGAAAAGAGAAAGGGAAUCUUUCAGUGGGCAGGAAGGGGUCAGCGACGCAACGCCAACUCCCCCAGUCGCUCUAUUUCUAAAGAGGAGCCGGUCAUCCCUCCCAGUUCAGUCACCCUCAUCUCCUUGUCUUCCAUCUCAGACUGUAACUCCACCAAGUCCCUUAUCCGUUCAGAUAGCGACGAGGCUGUUUUGGCCGGUGAUAACGCGCCCUGUGGGCACCUAGGUCCCAAGGAGACCGGUAGGGAGCAGAGCGAUGGGCAAAACCCACUUGUGGACUAUAAAGUGGAAAGCUUUAAGCGGGACCCCCGGCAAUCACUGACUCCUACACACGUCACAGCCACCCGUCCUAACUCCUCUUCUACAAGAGGUCACAGGAGGACUCCAUCUGAUGGGGCCAUACGGCAGGUCACACAGGGUCACCGGCGCUCACCCUCAGAUGGCAGCACCCCGCCUCAGCUGGGUGACACAGGUUCCAAAGAGCACACUCCUUUUCCUCGCCUUCCGGACCCCCACUUUGUGUUCCCCCCUCCAGCCAGACGUAAACCCUAUGACAAGGAUUCGGCAGUAGAAAGACCCACCACCUUGGAAUUCGCACCUCGGCCUCGACCCUCUUCUAGCCGGCCCCGUUUGGACCCUUGGAAAUUUGUGUCCCUUUCUCGGACUCACAGUUCAUCUCCAUCUGGCAGCGGGGGGGAUGCCAGCUCCAGCGGAUCCGCAGAUGGUAUCCAGGUUGGGGGGGUCGAGGAGACCCUGCUGGACAUGGAAGUAGAAGGGCAAAGACUGGACAACACUGUCCCUUUGUGUGGGGGAGGGGUACAGCCACAGACUGACCCUUAUUAUAAUACGGGAGCGGACGUGUCUUAACCGUAAAAGGCCAUUGGCACCAAGUAUUAUCCGGCCGCUGCCUCGUGAAGGGAAGGAGCGGCUCUCAUGAAUGUAUUUUGUGUUGUUACCCCACGGGUUUAAAAAAAAUAUAGAAAAUAAUCAAAUAAAAUAAGGGGUGGACCCCCUCCCCCACUUUAUUCCUAUUGUCAGGAGUAGCUGAAGCGGAGCAGGCAGGUUCCAGUCCAUGAAUUAUCUGGGACUCUUAGCUCAUUAAAGUGUUCAACAUGGUACUUCACCAGUCCUUCUACACACCGGGGUUGGAUUAUCUAAUUGAUUUCUGUGAAAAUGUCUGAGCCUUUGCCUAACCCACCUGUGUUUACAAGUAUCCUUACCAUCAGCCCCGUCUCGGAGCGCCAAAGACCUUGCCGAAAUCUUGGAAGUCGCUGGCUUAGCUGCAUUGUAGCAUGGCAAUAGGCAGGGUGUGGUGACUUCCAGCAGCUAAAGGGUGUAAGACGUACCCCAACUUGCUCCAUCCGUUGUCGUCUUAAUGGUGACUGAAGUAUUAUUAAAGAAUAUUACCACUCUG